AUGACCAUCCCCGUUGAAGUCGCCAACUGCAACACCACACGGAGCGAACUCCACAGCGAAGAUGGCCUGCGCCUGGAAGCUCCCGGGUCCAGUCCCGAGAAAGACGAAUAUACGAUUGGUGCAUACUCAGGAGAUUGGGAAUACGUGGUCGAUCACCAGCUGUGUGAAAGCAGCAAACCCAAGCUCCGUGUUGGCGGGAACAUCUUCCGCAAUAGCCUGCUAUAG